CAGUCAUAUGUCGAUGGACCCUCAUGUUGUUUUACUUCUCACCCUCAUCCUCCUCCUGGGUACCGGAGACGGCAGCCUCGCCGUCGGCACUCCGUCCGCGAUCAUCAGAACCACAUGCGCGGCUGUCGGCCAACCCGGCCGGGGAGUGGAUUACGACUCCUGCGUGGGCGCGCUCUCGGCCGACCCGGCCGCCGCGGCCGCCAAGGACGCACGUGAGCUCGCCGUCGUCGCCACCAACCUCACCGUGGCCAACGUCACGUCGACGGUGCUCGUCCUCGACGACCUCGUCAAGAACCUCGGGGACUGCCUCCGCUCCUACAGGGACAUGAACAAGAACCUAGAGGGCGCCCUCGGUGACCUAGCUGCUGGGCGCCUCAAAGCGGCGUCCGACAAGCUGCUGCAUGCCUCCUUCGCGCCCAGCGACUGCGACAUCCUCUUGCUCGAGGGGAGCGCGGAGAAGAACCCGGUGAGCGAGGAGAACAACGACGCCGGUUGGCUGUCCCGACUGGCGUAUGUGAUUGCUACCUUCUAGGCGCCGAAUCCUCGGCACCGACGUCAAGUUUAAUUCUUGCCUCACGUAGCUAGCUGGUGGUUGAUUUCCAUUCGCUCGAUCGAUCGCAGAAAAUGGAAUUGCCAUUUGUUGUCCAACGUGUGCGAUGUCAUUUCCACUAGUAGAGUAAGUUUUUAUAUAUAAGUUGCAUCCCGAUUUUAAUAAAUUUAGGCUCACUUAUAAACCACUUGUUGAUGAGUAU